AUGGAAGACAAUGCUCAAGACAUUCAACAUGAUAAGUAUUUCCUAGGCAAUCCACUUCAAGUUCUUUUUCAUAUUCACAUUUUAAAUGACGUUGGAUUGAUUCAACAUUUACUCACCUGA